ACUAGCUUCUCUCUAACCUAACCUUCUCUCUCUCACACACACUCGAUUCCUUCACGCACGCCUCCUCAGCUCAUCUCUAACCUCUCAGCCGCCGCCGGCCGGCCCUUCCGUCAUCCUCAGUCUCUCUCUGUCCGUCUCUUUCGUUGAUCAGAGUUGAGUGAACUCAGUUCAGUUCAGUUCAGUUCGCGCUUCAGUGGUGGUACCUUCCCUCGCCCUCUCUCUGCUCUUCAGUCAAACAGUCCCUUCGUGCUCUGGAGAAAAAGAAAGAAAAUUUAUCCGAUUCGAUUCUUAACAUUAAUUUGCCCAACCACAGAAAUGGCUGGUUUUUUGGCUUCAAAGUGUUCUCGCGUUGGCCGUUCAUUGUUGGGAGGCCUUGGUAACAACUGGUCUGCAUCAUCAGUAAGCACCCAACAUGAGAUGACAAACUCCAACUUCUUGUCUCAGCAGGUCAGGACUUUUAUACAGAUGAGGACUGUUCUGAAAGUUGUAGACAAUUCCGGGGCAAAGAAAGUGAUGUGCAUACAAGCUUUGAAGGGGAAGAAAGGAGCAAGACUAGGAGACACUAUAAUUGCAUCAGUGAAGGAGGCCUAUCCCAAUGGUAAAGUGAAGAAAGGAAAGGUCGUGUACGGAGUUGUGGUUCGCGCUGCCAUGCAAAAAGGCCGCUGCGAUGGAAGCGAGGUCAAGUUCGAUGACAACGCCGUCGUGCUCGUCGACAAGCAAGGCCAACCUAUUGGAACUAGAGUUUUUGGUCCAGUUCCUCACGAGUUAAGGCGGAAAAAGCAUGUCAAGAUUCUUAGUUUGGCUGGUCAUAUUGCUUGAACUCUGUCAACUUUUUUUUGUUUGUUGCUGAAACACCAAUUUUCGACUGGUGUGGUGUUUAAGGUUUUGAUCAUCUCCAAAUAGAAAGGUUUUUGGCCCGAUGAUAAUGUCACUGACUCUCUAGGAAAUAAGGAGUUGAACUUGAAUGUAAAAGAUUAUCAUGAACUGAGAAGAAGCUAAAGAUGAAUUAUGGUAGAUUAUUCGACUAA